AUGGCAACCGAUUGGCCAUUUUUACAUUUAAAUUUAUUAUCACCCAAUCCAUCAUCAAGAGAACUUUCAAACAAUUUAAAUCCAAAUCAAUCUCCACAAGACCUUUCAUUACAUUCUAUCGAACUUGAUCGACAACUAGAAGCAUGGACGAAUAUCGAUUUUAAUUUUGAUUUAGAUCCUAUCACCACAACCGAUACGAAUCUCCCCAACCAUCAUCAUCAUCAUCAUGGAUUGAAUCAUCAUCAUGGAUUAAACACUGAUUUAAAUCAACCUCUUAAUGAGACUUCGAAAACGUUUGAUGAAUUGUUUAGUUUUCCUAGUCCUAAUUUCUUUCAACCAACUGAUCCUACUCAUCACAACCUAAGUUCAUCAAACCAUCUUGUAUCCAACUUAUCCGCUCCAAUCAUACCCGAUCCGAUCCCUACCGAUUCUAUUUCUAUCACUACUCCAGUUUUAGAUUCUUCUCAAGAUUUAUCGGUUCAAUUCUCUCCUAAAUCUCUCUUACCUAUUCCUUCUAAUCUUUCGGUUUCUCAAAGUCCUGAAAGUCAAACCCUUCAAAACAAGAAUGUAGAAGGGACUCCUUCUACUGAGAAACCUGAGUUAGAUGAUGAUGAAGCGAAUAAGGUGGCAAUUGAAGAUGAUAAGCGAAGAAGGAACACUCUUGCCUCUGCUCGAUUUAGAAUGAAGAAGAAAUUGAAAGAACAAGAGAUCGAAAGAUCUGCUAAAGAAAUGAAAGAUAAAGUAAACGAAUUAGAAAAAGAAGUCGAAAGUUUAAAACAAGAAAACAAAUGGUUAAGAGGUUUAAUUGUAGAACAAGCAGCCAAUAAAUCAAACACUGUUCAAUCGAUUACAAAAGAUUUAGAAACCAAUUUGGUUUCUAACCACCAGCCAGAACCAACCAAUGAAACUGAAUCUUUGAACUCAAAUUCAACUUCUUCUCGUAGUAUUAAAUCUAAUCCAAAGAAAUCUACUUCAAAUGCAAAAAGGAUUAAACUAACCAAAUGA